AAAACUCAUAUCACGCGAACAAGAAAAGCGCUCAUUGAUAGAAUCUGUCCGGUGCAAGUUCCCUGAGAGAGUAAACAAUCCGUGAGUUUAGGGAAAUGGGAGGAGUUCCCUGGACCGAAGAAGAAGAUCACUUGCUCAAAAAAUGUAUAGAACAGUUCGGGGAAGGGAAGUGGCAUCGCGUCCCUCUCUUGGCUGGCCUAAACCGGUGCAGGAAGAGCUGCAGACUCAGAUGGCUAAACUAUCUCCGCCCAAACAUCAAAAGGGGAAGUUUCACAGCAGAGGAAGUCGAGCUCAUCAUCAAGCUUCACAAGCUCUUGGGGAACAGGUGGUCAGUGAUUGCUGGAAGACUCCCUGGAAGAACAGCGAAUGACGUCAAGAACUACUGGAAUUGUCACCUUAGCAAGAAGCUGAGUGCCAAACAGAUCAGGACCGACUCCGAGGAGAACACUGACAUCGGCAGCGAGCAGAUCAUGAGGCCCCAGCCUCUAGACCUCAGCGGUAUCAUCUCGCCGAGACCAGGUAGCAGAGCUGGUCCAGAAGAGGCCCCGACUUAUUACCCUCAACUGGAGCCACCACUCCCAGAAGUCAGCACCUCGACUCAGUUUCUUGGCGAUCAACCGGACUUCAAGACAAAGAGAAGAAGAGCUCCAGUUGAAGAAGAGAACAGCAUUGUUCUCGGAGAUCUGCCAAUGGAGUUCCAGUUUGACGAUGUCAGAAUUGAUGGGUUCGGAAGCAACAAGCAGCGAUGGGACUGGGACGAUCUGUUCAUGGACAUAGACCUGUGGAGCAGUUCUUUGUAAUUGUUCUUUGUUGCAUAUGACUUUGUUGGUCUGGUCUGCUGUAUUCUGCUAUGGUCAUUGCUGGAGAAUAAACGAAGUUCAGAAUAAGUCAACAGCCUAAAUGGGGCUGAUAUUCCUCCUAACUUAUGUUGUUCUUAGUCCUGCAAGGCGAUAUCGAAGAAGAAAAAAAUAUUUCCUUCGUGGGUCCGUGAAAGAAGAUCGUGAUUGAUCGAUUAGCCGAUGUUAGUUUAUUCACUCAUCUUAUCAAAAUGGAGACUUGAUGGUAUGUUU